AUGGACCAUCUGGACGAAAACGAAAACACUUCAGGCAGUGAUUCGUCAUAUGGCAAAUACUGGAGCGAAUGGUUUUCGCAACAAAAAGGCAACGAAUUCUUUUGUGAGGUGGACGAAGAAUACAUCCUAGAUCGAUUCAAUCUCACUGGUCUCAAUGCCGAAGUAUCCCACUACAACCUGGCCUUCGAUAUGAUUACAGAUUCAAUCGAAGAGGAAAUCGAUGAAGAUUUACGUAGCGAGGUAGAAAAGAGUGCUAGACACUUGUAUGGAUUGAUACAUGCCAGAUAUGUAAUUACGGCUAGGGGGCUGGCAAAGAUGGCUGAGAAGUUUAGGACGGGGGAGUUUGGGAGGUGUCCUAGAGUGCUGUGUCAUAAUCAGACUAGUUUGCCGGUUGGCAUGUCGGAUUUGCCAGGGACAAAGUCUGUCAAGUUAUACUGCCCACGCUGUGAAGACGUCUACAACCCCCCAUACCGGCGGCACGCAAUGAUUGACGGUGCAUACUUUGGAACAUCUCUCCCACAUUUAUUACUACAAGUCUAUCCAAACCUCAUCCCACAGAAAUCCACUGAACGCUACGUUCCAAGAAUAUUUGGAUUCAAGAUACACCCUCUAGCACGAGAACAACGUAAACAGGAUGAGAUUAGAGAGGCUCAAGUGGGGAGAUUGGAGUCUGAAGAGUAG